AUGGCCCUGAUUGUGAACGGGGAUAUCGCGAGGGCCACCACGUAUCUGAAAGAAAUCUCGGAGCAUGCUGGCAAUGCUCUCCCUUAUAUAUCAGAGUUCAGAAAUCUGAGUGCACUUCUCGCUAAUCGAGAACUCUGCGAACUGCUAUCUCGGCUUUCUGGCGAGAAUGAAUACCUCAAGAUACUCGAAGUCCAGCUGGAACACAUGGAACAGAGGCUGGGGAUCAACUGGCACCCCGAACAAUCACUUCACACUAGUAUAUCUGACCUCGGUUACAUUGCGACCGGACAUCCUCUUCUUACGAUGGAUGGAGACAGUACUGGAUAUGAAAGCAGCGAACGCUUGAUUGCUGAAAUCCACGCUCUAGGUUGCUCUGGAUCGCUUUCAGACCUCGCGAGACUUGCCAAUUGCUUAGACGAGCAUGGAGGUGAACAAAUCCCGGUUGUUCAAUCGUCCACUGAAAGCACACCGCUAGAGCUGGCCUGGGUGCCUCAACGCUGCCCCGUCGAUGUUCUAGACUCUUCUGAAGUAAGAUCGGGUGAACACACGACAUACUCACCUUCCUCCCUAGGUUUGCUUCGGCUCAACCCUCAAAAUGCCGGGUUGUCACCAACAGAUACUCGCUCACUGCACCUGAUGCAACUGGGAUUUCUGAUCAUGAAGCUCAAAGCACCCAGUUCAGAGCACGAGUGGAGAGAAUCCGGCCAUAUAGUAGCCCUAGACCGCACUUCAGGCCAACUCUUCGCAGUCUUUGUCGGGAAGGCUCAGGGCCGAAUAAGCCCGGGCAUCCUGUCGCAUAUCCCACGGACACCACCUGAUCUCAAUUCAAUAGUGAAAAUCAAGCUGGGGGGCGACGUGAACGGGACUCAUUACAGUGACAACCAUUCUUCGCCGGAAUUCGAUAUCACCAAAUGCCAUCUUGACGUGGAUCCAUGUCCAGAUUUGGUGACUUGA